GAUAAUAAUGGAAUUAUAUGCUCUGGAUACCCGAUUUUAUGCAAGUCACAAUUAUCACAAAAUGUUUUUCAAUGGUUUAUCGGUUGUUCUAAAUAUAAUAUUGGUGAUCAAUGGCAUCGUUAUGUAAAAAUUGAUUAUGAAAGCGAACAGCUUCCAUAUUGUACAACUUUAUUGCAUCGUUCAUCUAAAAGAAAAAAAUGCGAUUAUAUUCAUAAUCUUUCUACUGGAGAUAUUAAUCGUAGUGAAAUCGUUCAAAAACCAUGUCCAGUAAAAUUUUAUAAAUUUACACCUAAAGAUCUUAAAGGCUGUCCUUUUAUCGCAUUA